AGUGUGGUCGGUGAUAAGAAAAGUCGACAUUUGCAUAACAAAUUAAUUUGGAAAAAAAUAAAAAAAAAUAAAUUAAACAGGUGAUGAUAAGAAAUCACGAAAAAAUCACCUUGUCUUCGUUUUUCUGAACAAUUCGAAUAAAUUACACAAAAAAAUAAAUAAAACAACAAACGAAGACAUUGAAAAUAAAUUGAUAACAGCAAAUAAAUUGGAACAAAAAAUUACAAAAUCGUCAGUUUCGUGCUGGCGAGGAAGUGAAUUUGCUUUGUUUUACGAAAAAAAUAGAAAAAUAAGUGAAAUUCGAUACGAAACAUACAAAAAUUGUACAUAUUGGAUAUUAUUGAUGCGGAUAAAAUUACAAAAAAAUACAACAUAUGCUGAAAUUGAACAUUUUUCUUUGACAAAUAGUGAAUGGACCACACAUGAGUGAAGUUCGGGAUAAGAUCAAGUGUUUAGUAGUGAAUAAAAAAAAUCAUUUUAACAAUACCGAAGAAAAAAAAUUAUUUUAAGAGAAAAAAAAUCGAAUCCAAAUCCAGCGAAUAUAUUUAUUUCAUAGACAAGCAUUUGAGUGAUAUAUUUAUUUAUCAUAAGGCAAAAAAAAAAUCUACCUAAAAAAAUAGUGUCGAAAAAAUAUUUUUACAAAAUACAGAAAUGAAAAUGGUGUUGUCACAACGGCAGCGCGAGGAAUUAAACCAAGCGAUUGCCGAUUACCUCGGGAGUAACGGUUACAAUGAUGCGUUGGAGGCUUUUCGCAAGGAAGCUGACAUGCCGAACGAGUUGGAGCGCAAAUUCGGCGGAUUGUUGGAGAAAAAAUGGACGUCAGUCAUUCGGUUACAGAAGAAAGUGAUGGAGCUCGAGGCGAAAUUGUCGGAAGUUGAGAAGGAGGCGAUCGAGGGGGCUCCCAGUCGACAAAAACGCACGCCCAGCGAAUGGAUUCCCCGACCUCCGGAGAAGUUUUCGUUGACGGGACACCGUGCGACAGUUACUCGUGUCAUUUUUCAUCCGGUUUUCAAUCUAAUGAUUUCCUCGUCGGAGGAUGCCACAAUUAAAGUUUGGGAUUUCGAGACGGGCGAAUACGAGAGAUCGCUUAAAGGACACACUGAUUCGGUGCAGGAUAUUGCAUUCGAUCAGCAAGGAAAAUUAUUGGCUUCUUGCAGUUCCGACCUCUCAAUAAAAUUAUGGGAUUUCCAACAGUCAUACGAGUGUAUCAAGACAAUGCAAGGACAUGAUCACAACGUGUCAUCUGUGGCUUUUGUGCCCGCCGGCGAUUAUCUCCUCUCAGCUUCACGUGAUAAAACCAUCAAAAUGUGGGAAGUUGCAACAGGCUACUGCGUAAAAACCUUCACUGGUCAUCGUGAAUGGGUACGCAUGGUACGAGUUAAUGUUGAUGGCGAUUUAAUGGCGACAUGUUCAAAUGAUCAUGCAGUACGUGUAUGGCAUAUUAACUCAAAAGAUUGCAAGGAAUUGCGUGAUCACGAUCACACUGUCGAAUGCGUGGCAUGGGCUCCGGAAUCCGCAGCAGCAGCAAUUAAUGAAGCAGCUGGCGUCGAUAACAAAAAGGGAGCUCAUCAAGGACCUUUCUUGGCAUCCGGUUCAAGGGAUAAAACUAUUCGAAUUUGGGACGUCAGCUCAGGCUUGUGCUUGUUCACACUCGCAGGACACGAUAACUGGGUGCGCGGAAUUGUGUUCCAUCCCGGCGGUAAAUACAUGUUAACAGCGAGUGACGACAAAACUGUGCGAAUUUGGGAUAUCAAGAACAAAAGAUGUACAAAAACCCUUCAUGCUCAUCAACAUUUCUGUACUUCUCUCGAUAUGCAUAAAUCACAUCCUUACGUGGUAACUGGAAGCGUAGAUCAAACAGUCAAAGUAUGGGAGUGUCGUUAAAUUAUUUAAAAUUAAAUUAAAAAAACAAACAAAUGAACACUUUAAAACUAAAAUUAAUCAUAAGGUAGCAAAGAAAAAGCUGAAAAUAUAUAUUCAUGAGGAGAAAAUAGUGUAAUUAUCGAUUCUUUUUAAUUAAAA